AUGCCCGGUUCCGAUGUCCUUGAACCAGCUAGAGCUACAAACACUAGCGUCUCUCUCAAAAACGCCCUGAUCGGAGGUGGUGGGCUCGCCCUUCUUGCCUCGGGUCAUUUUGCCCAAGCAGUACCCAUCCCUGUAGGUGAUGGAGGCCCCGAUGUUAAUGUCGAUGUCCGGAAUGCAGACCCUAUAGCUGAAGCUGCGCCCUUGGUCGCGAAUUCGGCUAUACCCAAAGAGGCAUACAGCGAAAUACAUGAAGAUGCCCAGGGAGAGCCUGAAUAUUUGGCUGAACAUAUGGACGAAGUCUCAGAUGUUCCUGCUCAUCCUGUCCGCUCUCCACAGAUAUGGCUGGCGCAGAAAAAGACGAAAGGCUUCGACGUUCGCCGCAGCGCGGCAGAGGGUGCGAUCGCGGUAGAGGGGGAAGAGGCAGAGGACGUGGCUGUCUUUGAUGGCAGAGUUGACAUACUGUGGAGAUGGGUAAAAGGAGACAUGCGAAGUGGCUAA